UGCCAGCAGGAUGGAUUUUGGGGAGCCGUCAGACGAUGAGGCGGAUGCUGGGAAGGUUCGGGUGAAGUUCGUGACGAAGGUCCCGUCGAUCCGGGUCACCGAGACCCCCGUGGCCGUUCCCGAGAGCCUGCAGCGCUAUGGUCUCUCCGAGGUCGUCAACCACCUCCUGGGCCGCGACCCGCCGACCCCGUUCGACAUGCUCGUGAUGGGCCGCUUCCUUCGGAGCUCCCUCCGGUCGGUGAUGCAGAGGCACGCCUUGAGCGGGGAGGCGGUGCUGGAGGUGGAGUACCUGCCGGCGCUCCGCCAGCCCACUGAAGCAGAGCACGCCGAUCAGCCGGAUUGGGUGAGCGCAGUCGCCGGCGCGGGCGCGGGUCUGGAGACCUUCGUGACGGGCUGCUACGAUGGCUGCCUGCGAGUCUACGGCCCCGGCUGCAAGGUGACAUCUCUGGAAAAGGCGCACCAGGCUCCAGUUACGGCUCUCUGUGCGGUGCCCUCGCUGGCGGGAGGGAGACCAGGGGGGGCACACGCCGCAGGGUUCUUGAGCGGUAGCAAGGACAUGACGGCAAGGCUGUGGAGAAGAGCGGGGUCGGGCGGGAAUUCCUCGCUGGAGGCAGCUGCAAUUCUCCGGGGCCACGCCAACAGCAUCUCCGCCGCGCACGCCGCCGCCUCAGGCAGCGGUGACAGCGGCGGAGCCCCGAGGGCGUACACCGGCGAUUGGAGCGGCCACGUGUGCUUGUGGGACGUGGCCUGCCUGGAGGGGGGGCACGCGGACGGGGAUGACGCCCAGGGUACGAAACGUCGAAAGACGGACACGGGUGCAGCGGCGGCGGCGGCGGCAGCGGUUACCGAGCUGACGCCUCUGGCGAGCUUUCGUGCCCACGCUCAGGCGGUCACCGGGCUGGCGGGUCCGGGGGGGGUAGGGAGGCCGCAGACAGCAGCGGUAGUGGUACCUAGCAGCACAUUGUACAGCGCGUCGUUGGACCGUGCGGUGAAGACGUGGGACGCGGAGAGGCAGGACUGCUUACAUACUCUCAACGCACCCAAGGCGGUCACGUGCCUUGGCUGUUCGGACAGCGGGAGGAUGCUGGCGACCGGCCAUCCGGACGCACGAGUGCGCAUCUGGGACACUCGCACGCAGGGAGAGACACUCACCAGGGCCUCCCUGAGCUCCCACAAGCAGUGGGUCACGGGCGUGAAGUGGGCUCCGGGUUCGGAAACUAUGGUGUUGAGCUGCAGCCACGACGGCUCGGUCAAGCUCUGGGACAUCCGCUCCACGCUGCCGCUGCACAGCGCCCAGGCGCACCGGGGGAAGGCCCUCUGCUGCGGCUGGCAGGACGGGAAGAUUGUCAGCGGGGGGGAAGACGGAGCGGUCAAGACUUAUGUCGUGCCGGAGAGGAAUCACGAUUGACUGAUGUUGGUGUUGACGUGACCAGCGGUUGUUUUCUCAGGACACGCAUCCCCGUGCUAUUUGUAUGCAUAUGUCCCUCGGUUUCGAAGUGUCACCGAAUUUCAACGCAGUGUUGUUCUUUGAUUUUUGCCAUGAGAGCGUUGACAGAGGCUCGGAGGUGAGCAUUGGUGCUACAACGUGAGCUGCUCUAUCUGAGCUUGUUCUGCGCUUGGGGGAGAUUUUGAGUCCCCGUGCUUGCCUGGUAGUACUAUUGUCGUG